CGCAUUUAAAUCGUUCGUGGGGCCACUGCGGCGACGGUUCUGUGCCGCGCUUCUACACAGUUCUGCUGAGUUCGUGCUGGUGGUGGCGUUUCCUGAGGCGCACGGGCUCGAGCGGUGUGUGCAAGCCAUGGCGAGUGCCGACUGCAGCUACAGUGAUGACCAGGAAAGUGUCAGUUCCGGCUCAGAUGUGGAGGCAACAAAAAGCAGUUCUCCAAAGAAACAAAAGUACAAGUGCCCCCUGUGUCCCAAGGCAUUGGGUACAGCCCGAGACCUUGGCAUCCACGUGCGCCGUCACGAGCAGUGCAAGCCGUACGCCUGCAAGGAUUGCGACAAGGCCUUCUGCACGCCAUUCGAGCUGGACCAGCACGCGCGCUCGCACACGCUGGAGCAGCCCUACAAGUGCCGCUUGUGCCCGCGCACAUUUGGGACGGCGGCCACACUGCGCAAUCAUGCCGCCACACAUCGCACGGCAGACUCGGUGACGUACCGCUGCCGCGCGAGCCCCGCAUGCCCUGCAACUUUCCGGCGCGUCGCCACGCGAAGUGCACACGAGCGAACGCACUGCACCGACUGCGUGUACCGAUGCGAGACAUGCGAACGAAACUUUCCGCAGAAGUACAACUUGCAACGCCAUCUGAGGCUGCACGACGGCAACGAGCUCCACUGCUGUCCCACGUGCAAACGCCUGUUUUACAACAAGGAGCUCCUGGACGUGCACACCAAGAGCUGUGGCGACUUCUGCAGGUGCAGUGUUUGCGGGAGGAGAUUUCGAGAGGAGGCUCAGCUGGCGGCUCAUGUCGCCAGCCAACACGAUGGCUCGACGCCUGAGCUGUCGGAAGAAAACCGGGAUGCCGUGGCCCAUGUGUCUGAGUGGUCACCCGAGAAGGUACGGGUGGAUGACUGCUCGAGCAGCGAAGGUGAAAGCAGCGAUUCAACUGCCCUGCCCAGCACUGCCCCCCAAAAAACGAGGACUGACUGGUCUGUUCGCCUGCGAUCGUGUAGAAAUAAGAAUGCCUCCAACAGUCGUGGGAGGCCCCGCCGGCGUAGCUGCAAGAACGGCACGCCACCUUCACAACAGCCGCGACCGAGUGACACGCGGGAUUAUCCUUCGCCACCACUCAAGCACACCACCAGGGAACGAGGCACAGGCGAGGCGAGCGUGGGCACCGGCGAGGCUACAGACAACGUCUAUAAGAGAAGCAGCCCAGUCUAUCGGUGCCCAAAUUGUGAUGAACGAUUUCUCAAGUGGGAUGUCUUGAAGACCCAUGCAAUGCUUGAACACGAGCUGGUUCUCUCGUGGUUGACGUUCCGGUUUGUAUGCCACAUCUGUGACAAGGCCUUCAAGCAAAACAGCAACUUGAAGACCCACUUAAAGUCGCAUGACCGCGUGGUCAUGUUUGUGUGCGACAUCUGCGGCCUGGGGUUCACCUUGAAACAUCACUACAAACGGCACAGGGCAAACAAGCACUACGAAGACUAAGUGUGACACCAAUCAACUGGGCAUGCGAGGCUGUCACAGCACGUCAGUUUUUUUAGAGAGCUUGUAGUACUGAAGCUUUAAUUUUGACUUGUCAAAUGAUUUUUAUUAUUUAACUUGUACCAUAUACUAUAAAUGAUUUGUUUGAAUGAAAAUAAACUUCGGCACUGUGUUCCUGCAACAA